UCAGUGGAUUCGACCCCCCUUCCCGGCCACUGUGAUGUAAACAGGAAGAGACUUAGACAAAUUUUUGUUGACUUUUUCAGGUGACUAGCGUGCUAGCUAAUGGAGUUCGUGGCUAGAAUUAAACACAAGGGGCCUUAACAUCCCACAAUAUUACCUACUAAUGCGAGUAAGACCAAGAUGGACGACAUCAAUUUACACUACAGGAUCCUCAACUGGAGGCGCAGGAUCAGAGAAAUAAGGGAAGUGCGUGCCGUACGCUACCAGGAGCGCUACAAACGCAUGAUGAAGGACGGAGACACUUUGAGUUACCAAGGGAACUCUGAUGAAGUUGGCUGCUAUGUGGCUCCACGGCCUUUAUCAAAAGGAAACUGUUACUUUGAGGUGACUAUAAUGGACACAGGUGUCAGAGGGACUAUUGCUGUGGGUCUGGUUCCUCAGUUCUACAAGCUUGAUCAUCAGCCUGGCUGGCUGCCUCACUCAAUCGCUUACCACGCUGAUGAUGGGAAACUGUAUAAUGGCAACCCUGUCGGCCAGCAGUUCGGCCCCAAGUGCAACCGUGGCGAUCGGAUAGGCUGCGGGAUCUAUGCAGACGCUUUUGACGCCGGACUCACCACUGUGUUUUUCACCAAGAACGGCAAAGAGCAGGUGGGCUCGGUGGUGGUGCCCGUGGCUCCGGGCGGCCUUUUCCCUGCUAUCGGCAUGCACUCUCUGGGGGAGGAGGUGCGCCUGAACUUGCAGGCCGAGUGGGGCACAGAGGAGGAGGACAGCAUCAUGAUGGUGGACAGCCACGAGGACGAAUGGGGACGCCUGUAUGACGUCAGAGUCAGCGGAACGCUGCUGGAGUAUGUAGGAAAGGGAAAGAGCAUCAUGGACGUGGGACUCGCUCAGGCUCGCCAGCCGCUCUGCACACGGAGCCACUACUUCGAGGUAGAGAUUGUGGACCCUGGAGAGAAGUGCUACAUUGCAUUGGGCCUCGCUCGAAGAGACUACCCUAAGAACAGACACCCAGGCUGGAGCCGAGGCUCGGUAGCAUAUCACGCAGAUGAUGGGAAGAUCUUCCACGGUAGUGGAGUUGGAGAUCCGUUCGGCCCACGUUGCUUUGAAGGGGACAUCAUGGGCUGUGGGAUCAUGUUCCCUCGUGACUAUGAAGAUGAGGUUGAUGAUGGAGAGGACAUAGCCAAGAAUCCUGAGCAAAACCGCGUUCAGAACGUACUGUAUCUAAACGAUGAGGAGGAGGAGGAGGAAGAGGGAGAUGACGCAGAGCAAGAGCAGGAAGGCAGGAAGGUUAUGGUGUUCUUCACCCGCAACGGGAAGAUCAUCGGGAGGAGGGAGGUCGUGGUGCCGGCCGGAGGAUUCUACCCCACCGUCGGCAUGCUGAGCACCGGAGAGAAGGUGAAGGUGGAUCUCCACCCUCUCAGCGGCUAACGGAGACUACAGAGACUACAACCAGUCCCGUGUCAGCAGUUCAACUGUGAGCUUGUAGCAUCAUGAACGGUUUAAAAGGGAAUCAGGGAACAUUUAAGUCUGCAAACUGAUCUAAUGUUUCUUUGUCUUUAUUAUUAUUCAUGGGUGCACACUGUGGAAGAUUUUGUUUUGUUUUGUUGUGUUUUUCUUCUCCUUCAUAUUAAUUGCCAUGGAACCAAAAACGGCAGUGCGCAUGGUUUUCACUCACGCUGGAAUAACGAUGCAUAUCUUACUGUCUUUACAUCUUUUUGUCCUUCAGGGGCCGAGCUGUAUUCUCUUUCUACGGUUUUAUUGAUGGUUCUGUGUGUAACCAUGUUGAGCGGCUGUAUUCAGAGUUGAGCAUAGUGUGUGAGUGUGUGUGUGUGUGUGUGUGUGUGUGUGUGUGUGUGGGAAGAAAUUAACACUGAAACUGCAUACACUCAUAUAAGGGCUACUCAGACGGUUACAUUAUUAUGUAUUAAAUAGCACCUAUUCACAAUUUGUACUAAAGGGCUUUUCUCUUAGCUUUUUUUUUUUUGGACUAUUUUUUUGUCACUAAUUUGAUAUUGGCAAUAUUAUAUCUUUGGGUAAUACUAGUGGGGGGGGGGGGGGAGCGUCAUUUGAGGCCAACGUUAAAACUCAAAUCAGGGGUGGACAAAUCAUAAAUUCAUUAGCUGGCACAUCAUUCAAGUAAUACCUCCUAAAGUGCUGCCAAGUACCAGUGUUAAUUGACAAGGCUAAAAAGUGGCAAGCUAAUAUAGAGACAAACGUGUAUCAAAUUCCCUGCAUAGGGAAUGAGAUCGAAUUGGUGCCCUUGACACAAAACUCAGCAAGUUGUUGGCUAAUAGUUCGGCUAUUAGCCGUGAUGUUUUCUUCACACCGCACAUAAAAAAAACAUUCUUCGUUCUGGAUAUCGUCUUCGUUUUUUUUUUCUAAAUGUUUACCCGUGAGGCGAGGGUGUGUCGAGCUCCGCAGUAAUCCUCUGUUCACACUAGUAAGAGACAAGCCACUCAAAUCACUUGUAGUUCGUCUCUUGUGGGCGUGCACGGUCUUAAAAAUCGAGGAGAAAUGGUAGUAGCUAUAUAUAGCUUCUAGAGCUAGCUAUUUAAACACAAAUGCUAAUAAUUCACUAUUCAGAGUGAAAAUGGGUUUACUUGCUAGGCUUCAUAUUCGCCUUGUUGGCAGAUAAGUAAAGCAAGCUACAGUCAUGUAAGUAAAAAUAAGUACACCCCUUGGAAAUUGUUGACCUUUUUUUAUGGACAAGCAAACAUUUGAUCAUCUUUGAAGCAUUGCCUAUUAAUGAAGUUGAUGUACUUGAACAAAACCCCAAGGGAAACAAUUGUGGAGUGGAAAUGCCUUUUCAAUCAUUUAUUCAACAGAAAAACUGCUAUCCUACAGUGCCUACUUGUCCAGUGGGCAGCUAGGAAUAAAAAACGAAUUGCCUGGACAUUGUCCUGGGGGAUAUUUACAUCGAAUUGACACCACAUUCUGCCAACGCAGGUCAUUUAUAUAGUCUAAAUCAUUAUCUAAAUACGCACUGUUUGUCAUACAUAUAUGUUUUAUUUUAUUUUAUUUUAUUUCAUGAGCUUACAGUAGGUGGCCAGCUUUUAAAUCCCCAGCUCUGAAUACAGCGAAACUGAGUUCUUGAAUUAACAAAUGAGUUAUAUGAAGUUGAUUUUCUGUCAGAUGCAUAGUUCAUAUGUAGCGCGCUCUCUCUCUCUCUCUCUCUCUCUCUCUCUCUCUCUCUAUAUAUAUAUAUAUAUAUAUAUAUAUAUAUAUAUAUAUAUAUAUAUAUAUAUAUAUAUAUAUAUAUAUAUAUAUAUAUCUAUCUCACCGGCUGUACUGAUGCCACAGCAAGUAACAAAGAAUCACUUCAGGAAAUAGCUGAAUGAAUGAAUGAAUGAACAGAGUGAAUGGAGAGGGGGGGGGGGGGGGAGAGAGAAUGGCAUUUCGGUUUAUAAACAGCAUGUAUUUAAGGGUCAGUCGCAUCCCUGAGCGUCACGAUCCUGCACCUUCCCCUUUCCCUCACAAUCUUAAAGCUGGUGACAUUUCUACUUUGUCAUGUUUCCGUUUUGGUUUUUUUUUUCUUGAUCAACUGACAUUCAGGAAGAAAGUGCCACUUUGUUAUCGCUGCCCCGUGGAAAUGAGGCUUUGGGCAGGAGCAGAGAAAUGUCACGAGGUAAAUGCGUCAUCAGCAAGAGGUCAGUCACGUAGUUUUGCCGUGACGUACACUUUUCUGAGACGCUAAAUGCAAUCUGGGGGGGAAAUAUAUAUAUAUAUAUAUAUAUAAAAAUCUAGAAAUAAUUACCAAGGUUUAUUUCUUUAUGCUGGUGCGUUUGUAUUGUGUGUAUGCAAAUCAGCAGGGCCGUAUUCAGAGAGCUGUUCUGUUCACAUGGUGAGAAUUUCAUUCCGAAAUUGCGUACAGUAUUCAGACCCUUCGAGGUAACUCCGUACUUUCAGAAGCUGUGCGAGAGUUCCACGCGUGAGGUGAUGUUUGAGUAAAGCUGAGGCAUGGCUCAGUUUCCUGCAUUUCUGAACUUGGAUGCAUUAUUCUUGAGCGAGUUGACAAAUCAAAAUAGUGUGAUAAAACGGCUUUAAUCCAAUGUGCACGUUAGGAUUUCAGGGCCUAGAUUCAGAAUCUCGUGGCUUUAAGUUGUGCGAAAGGAGUAUCAGUUGGUGUGCAAUAUAAAACAAUAACGCAAUGCAAACUAGGAUGUGCUGGAUCAAGUGCUGUUUUCUAAGCUGCUGAAUAAUGAAGGUGGAAGCCAUUUAGUUUAAAGUGAAUAAUGUGAUGAUGAUUAUCUACAGUAUAAAUAUAGAGAUUUUCUUCUUCAGUCUGUAUUUUCGAUCCCUUUUUUGGGAUAGAACGGGAAGCCCAGAAGUAACCAAAGUCUUAACGUAUGCAAAUUGAACCGCCUUAACAUUGACAGAACUCUGAAUACGGCCCUGAAGCUGGAGUCUUAAGACCGUGUCUCAGGUUGGACGUGUUUUUAUUUUCUCAGUCUCUUGCCAGCAAUCCAUGUCUUGUUUUUAUUUCUUUAGUUAAAAAGCUUUUGAUCAGUCCUUCCAGGAUUUCGCGAUCGCAGAAACGACUGCAAAAUCAAGCAAGCUAUUCGGAGGAGCUUGCUAUUUUACGUGUCACGUGACGUCAUCAGGCCGUGCGUUCAGCCAAAGCCGUCUUCGAUUCACAUACAUCGAAUGUGAGGACAGCUGAAAGGUCUCAUUUACCACCAAACGUCACCGCAAAACGCCGUGCAAUGCAAUUUCGCCAAUUCGUGUAGUUUUCCGCAAAUAUAUAUAUAUAUUUUGCAUCGCAAAUUUUGGGGAAAAAACAGCUGCAGCAGAAUCGAGAAUUUUUGACAACAGAAUAACUGUGCGGAAUCCUAUAUGGACUGAUUGAUUUGGCGUGUGUGUUUGGCACGUUUUGUAGCCAUGAUGUGUGUCGUUGACUGGAUGCCAUCACGUUCAUACUUUAAAAAAAAAAAAAAAGAACAAAAAUAAUGAAGCUGAAGAUGUUCUUUGGCAGUGUGUGCUUUAACGUGAGCUAAUCCAGUUCACUAACGCCCUGAGCACUUUACAGCAGAUUGAUUGUGUGGGUAACAGUGUGGUGGUGAGCUGGUUUUACAGCUGUGUGUGUGUGUGUGUGCGUGCGUGUGUGUGUGAGAUGAAGGAUUUUGGAGCAGGGAUCACCGUGACAUAUUUAUAUCACAUAUGCAUUUUCUGCUCCAGCCAUCUUGGACUGAGCCCACCGAUCUGCAAACCUCAGACAGUAAUUGUUUUCGUCUUGUCUUCAUGUCCCACAAUUCACAGAAAUGCCGUGUAGUUUUUUUUUCCAUGUUGGUUUAUGCCAAAACUGUCACUAUGGAUCCUUCAGAUUCUCCCACUAAAAGGGAAGACGAUUAAUUAUGUUACAUAUCUGUUGAAUGAUGACAUUAAACCACAUUUGCUUCACA